UCGUGUACAAUGAAAGAACCCGAAGUGGAUCCGAAGAAUAUUAUAAAAAGCAGAGAAUUGCUUUACAGGCUUAUGAUCAGCCAAUUGUUUUACGAUGGACAUCAGACAUUGGCUGUGCAACUGUCAAACAUAAUUCAAGCAGAACCACCAUGUCCUCCAUCUGAUCGUUUACUUCAUUUAAUGUUAAUUGGAUUAGCUCAUGAACCUGACCGUUCCAAAAAGGACACAAGUAACAUAUCUUCAUUUACUUCAACCUUCGAUAAUACUUUAGGACCUGGCUUAGAUUUAGAAUUUGAGACAGAAGCUCAAACCCAAGCUCCAGAACCAGCACAAUAUGAAACUGCUUAUGUUACCUCUCAUAAAGGAAAUUGUAGAGCUGGAGCAUUUUCUGCAGAUGGUCAAUUGAUAGCAACUGGAUCAGUAGAUGCAUCCAUUAAAAUUUUGGAUGUGGAUAGAAUGUUAGCUAAGUCUGCACCAGAUGAAAUGGCACCUGGGGAUCAAACAGGUGGUCAUCCAGUUAUAAGAACAUUAUAUGAUCAUUUAGAAGAAGUGACAUGUUUGGAGUUUCAUCCAAGAGAACCUAUUCUUGUAUCCGGGAGCAGAGAUUUUUCAAUUAAACUGUUUGAUUUUAGUAAGGCUAGUGUUAAAAAGGCAUUCAGAACUAUUACAGAUGCAGAUCAAAUACGAUGUUUGUCUUUUCAUCCCACUGGUGAUUUUUUGGUGGUCGGAACCAAUCAUCCAGUGGUUAGACUAUAUGAUGUUAAUACGGCACAAUGCUUUGUCUGUAGUAUACCAAGUCAUCAACACACUGCUGGAAUAACUAGCAUUAAAUAUUCUCCAGAUGCAAAAACUUAUGCAUCAGCUGGUAAAGAUGGAAGUAUCAAAUUAUGGGAUGGUGUAUCAAAUCGAUGUAUAAAUACUUUUGUAAAAGCACAUGAUGGUUAUGAAGUAUGUUCAGUAACUUUUACCAGAAAUGGAAAGUAUUUACUGUCUUCGGGGAAAGAUUCUUUGAUUAAAUUAUGGGAAUUGUCUACUAGCAGAUGCUUAAUAGCGUAUACAGGUGCAGGGACUACAGGCAAACAAGAACAUAAAGCUCAAGCUAUUUUUAAUCACACUGAAGAUUAUGUAAUGUUUCCUGAUGAAGCUACAACAUCGCUAUGCGCAUGGAAUUCUCGAAAUGCAUCUAGGAAACAAUUAUUAUCAUUAGGACACAAUGGUCCAGUGAGACUGAUUGUUCAUUCUCCAACCGCUCCAGCAUUCUUGACGUGCAGUGAUGAUUUCAGAGCAAGAUUUUGGUUUAGAAGAAUGCCGACUCAUUAAGUUGGCAUUUGAAGGACAAAUAUUUUCUUUACAUAUAGAAAUUUCAUCAUUUAGCAUUAAUUAUAUUUCUACGCACGAUUACCAAUGAGAGUAAUAAUAAUCGUUUAAAUAAUUAGAAAAAGGAUCUCAGAUAUAGAAUAUGUGAAAAAUUGUACAAAAGACUGUUGUACAACGUUCUUCAACGGUCAGAUGUUUACUGUGACUUGAAGUGACAAAAAUUUAUUCGUAUAGCUUAUGUUAA